AUGGGAACGAAAGUAAGUCAAGCGUCGAUGAAGAUUUCUAAGAAUGAAAACAAUCAACUCAGAAGUUUGAUAAAAGUUUUGCGACCAAAGAUCUACAUCACUGACAGCUCCAGCUUUAAAAGGCUUGUUCAAGAAUUAACUGGCAAUGGAAGGACAAUUCCCUCUCCACCACCUCCCUCUAAACACCAAACAGAGCUUGAGAAUGUUGCGAUUGUAAAUGUUGAAGCUCAAGGAGAGCACGAGAGUGGCAUGGAAACAUCCUUGGAUGCAUCGGUCGAUUCUUUUGAUAUUUGCAAUCAGUUAGUCUCUUUAACUGAAGAACUAAAUCAACCUUGCAAUCACGGAGAACCUGAGAGUAGCAUGGAAACAUCCUUUGAUGCAUCAGUCCAUUCGUUUAAGUUUUGCAAUCAGUUAGUCCCCGUUCCUGAAGAACUAAAUCAACCUUACAAUCAGUUACAUUUCGAUGACGUUACAUCAGACCAUCUAUUAACAAAUCAACAGACAGACGUGUUAACAGGUCAAGAUUUUGAGUCGUUGCUGCUGGAUAUCGAGCAGUAUCCUUUCUCUAGCAGUUAUUCUCAGAUUCACCAGCUGGAAGAGAGUUUGGAUAGACUAUACCGGAUCCAUAAGAAACAAGACAUGAGACUUGGGAUCAUACAGGAAGCAUUUGUAAGAGGGAAUCAUGCUGACUACAGCCAUUAUUCUAAGAGGAUUUCAUCUUGUAUGAUUGUUGCUAAGGUAUCUGUCUCUCUGGCUUUUCCCAUGGAAAUGAAAUGCAAUUACUUGGGAAUCCAAGUUGAAAAUGAUGUCAGAGAAGCGGGGGAUAUUGCGCUUUUUCCGAUAGCAGCUAACUCGCUGGUACUUUCGCUAAAGCCGUUGUGCCUGGUAUUGCCUUGGCCUGGAGCCGGGUCUGCUAAAAGCACUGGCAUCGGAUCAUUAAGAGGAUUUGAGAAGAAGUGGAAGAUGAGAAAAGGGUAA